GAGCAGGAAGGCGAGGAGCACGAAGAGGAGCGGCCCGAGGAGGAGCAGCAGUGGCAGGAGCAUUGCGGGGCUCCACGGCGAGCCCGCUGAGCCCACAGCUCGGCUGGCCCCGGUAGCAUCGCAUUGCCCUGCGUGCCGCGGGAUUGUCCGUUCCCAAACCUUCUCUGGAUGGAGGAGAAGGCUGCGAGGAAGUGGAAGAUGCCCCGGGACACUGAGGCAGACAAGGAGCUGAGGAUGGAGAGCAGGGAGGACAAAUCCCCACGGCAGAACCUCGUGGACGAGGCCGUUUUUAGCGGCUCCACAGCACAGGAAUCCAGUGGGGAGGAAAAGCCCCGGAGAUCCCUCAGAAGGAGGGGCUCCAAACCCAGCCCAGGAUGCUCCGAGGAGGAAAGACCCAGCCUGUGCCAGGAAGGCAGCCAGAGAUCAGGCCAGAGCUCUGAGGUGCUGGUCCAUGAGCAGCUUAAUGAUGACAAGAACCCCCACCAGUGCUUGGAAUGUGGGAAGAGUUUCCUCACGAGGUUCCGCCUGGUCCGCCACCAGAUGGUGCACACUGGGGAACGCCCCUACGAGUGUGGGGAAUGUGGACAGAGCUUUAGGAGAAAAUCCCACCUGAUCGUCCACCAGAGGAUCCACACUGGGGAACGGCCCUAUGAGUGUGGGGAAUGUGGGAAGAGAUUCAGCAUCAGCUCCCACCUGAUUGUCCACCAGAGGAUCCACACUGGGGAACGGCCCUAUGAGUGUGGGGAAUGUGGGAAGGGCUUCCGUAAUAGCUCUGACCUGAUCGUCCACCAGAGGAUCCACACUGGGGAACGGCCCUAUGAGUGUGGGGAAUGUGGAAAGACCUUCAGCAUCAGCUCCCACCUGAUCCUCCACCAGAGGACCCACACUGAUGAAUGGCCCUAUAAAUGUGGAGAAUGUGGGAAAGGCUUCAGGAACAGCAGCCACCUGAAUCGCCACCAGAUGAUCCACACUGGGAUACGACCCUACGUGUGUGGGGAAUGUGGGAAGGGCUUCUGUGACAGCUCUCGUCUGAUCAUCCACCAGACAAUGCACACUGGGGAAAGGCCCUACAGGUGCUCACAAUGUGGGAAGAGCUUUAGCCGGAGCUCCUGCCUGACUGUCCACCAGAGGAUCCACACGGGGGAGCGGCCCUAUGAGUGCAGGGUAUGUGGGAAAAGCUUCAGCCAGAGCUGCAACCUGAUUGCCCACCAGCGGAUCCACACUGGGGAGAGACCCUGUAAGUGCGAGGAAUGUGGGAAAAGCUUCAGCCAGAGCUCCAGCCUGACUGUCCACCAGAGGAUCCACACUGGGGAGAAGCACUAUGAGUGUCCUGAGUGUGGGGAGAGGUUUCAGAGCAGAUACCGUCUCCUCAAGCAUCAGCAGAUUCACACAGAAUAGAGGCCCUUCCGCUUCCCCGACUGAGGGAAGAACUUUAAGAAAAACUCCACCCUUGUCACCCACCAGCAGAUCCACGCUGGGAAGAGGCCCUAACAGUGUCCCAAGUGUGGGAGGAGCUUCUCCUAGAACUCUACUGUGACCCAACACUAAGAGAGGCAGCAGUAAGGGAAGCCCUACAAGUGCCCUGUGUGCGGGAAGAGCUUUGAGCGCUGCUCCAACUCCAUCCCCCACUGGAGGACCCCCACUGGAUGGUCCACAGUGAGACUUGGUGAUCCAUGGUCCUUUUGAUCCACGUUAGAAAGACACCUGGCUGGUGGUCUGCACAUCUUCCUGGCUCCCCUUGGACACUUGGACGCAGCCAGAGAAAAAUGGAUUGGGUUGCAAACCGACAACAGAAUUUCAUAGGGGACAGCAGUUUUUUACUUUCGACCCCAGAAAAAUCUCACCUUUUGCAUCCAAUCAUUUCUUCGGGUUGCAUCAAGGAUGGUGUUGGAGGUCUUUUCCAACCUGAAUCAUUCCGUGAUUCUAAUUGUCUCUGGCCCACAGGCAUCUUCCACAGCCAAAUGGUGAUGGACUGGAGCACAAAACCAGGAUUUUGGAGGCAGUGGAGUGGAAAUUCCUCUAGAAAAGGUCCUUUCUACCCACUCAGGCACAUGGAUACUCAGCCAGCAUGUACACGUAAAUCCUUUUAUUUUGGCUUUGAUUUUCCUUCAUUUUUCUUCAUCCCUUCACUCAAACAUUGGGGUAAAAAUAAAGACAUUUUACUAAGA